AUGUCGGAAUCUACACCUGUUUCAACUGCCAAUAACUCUACCACAGCAACGCCUGAUCCGGUGGUUCCUGAUAAACCACCAAAUUAUAAAGUAAUCUCAGAUGAUGACUUAUACAGACAUUCUUCCCAGUAUAGAUUCUGGUCCUUCACAAAGGAUAAUCUGAAACAGAAAAGAUUGGAGACGAAUUCAAGAGCUACCCAGAAAAUAGAAGAGGAUAUGAAAAAAUUUAUAGGCUCUCAAACUUUAACUAAUGAUGAAUUAAAUAUUACAAGUACAAAAGCUAUACCGUUGACAAUGGAGGAGGAAUUGAAGCUUGUUAACUUCUAUACGCAAAAAGUCAAAGUCAUUUCACAGCAUUUAAAUCUACCUACCGAAGUAACAGCUACAGCUAUUGUGUUUUUCAAGAAAUUUUUUAUUGAAAACUCUGUUAUGGAAUUUGAUCCAAAGGAAUUAGUUCAUACAACAAUUUUUCUAGCGUGCAAAUCAGAAAAUUACUUCAUCAGUGUAGAUUCCUUUGCUAGAAAAGCUAAAUCUAGUCGAGAAGCAAUUUUGAAAUACGAAUUCACAUUGUUAGAAAGUUUAAAAUUCUCUUUGUUAUUACAUCAUCCUUAUAAACCUCUACAUGGGUUUUUUCUUGAUAUUCAAAACGUUUUGCAUGAUAAAGUGGACUUGAAUCAUAUGGGCCGAAUUUACGAUGCUUGUCGUAAGAGAAUUACAGAAUCUCUAUUGACGGACAUUAUCUAUCAUUUCACUCCACCACAAAUUACAUUGGCAAUCCUCCUGAUUGAAGAUGAACAACUGAUUACAAAAUACCUAGAAAUUAAAUUUACCGGUGAUGAAAAUAGUCAUAACAUUCAGUUAGAUAAACUGCUUGCGAUAAUAAACAGCUGCAAAGAAAUGAUACUCAGCCCUGAUGUGGUACCUACACAAGAUGCUAAGGUAAUCGCUGCCAAGAAUUACUAUGUCCAGCAUCCAAUGGUACUAAUAAAUAAAUAUAGAAAGAAGAGAGAAGGACAAGAGAGUACAGCAGAGCCACCGGAAAAACGAUUAAAGACGGAUUAG